CACCGGCCCCAGAGCUGUUCAAAGUAUUUCGACAUUUGGAGAGUUUACCCACAAUGGGAACACUGUGAGAAUACAUUUGCUGUGUUCAAGUGAAAUAUAACGGUUCAGUAAGUUGACACACCGCGAGGCGUCUUAUCUAUAUAACGUAUUUCUGUGUGAGUUAGCAAGGCUUGCUAACAGCAGCCAACGGUACCUCGUCUGGAUCAAAGAGGACAACAACAACAGUAAAAAUGGAUCUCAUCAGUAAACCGAGAAGCAAAUCCACGGUGUGGAUGUAUUUCGGCUUGAAAGCAGACGAAAGAGGACAGCCUCUGAAUUCCGGCGAGGCUAUUUGCCGUUUAUGCCGAAAAAUAGUACUUGCCAAAGGUGGGAAUACAACGAAUUUAAGAAGUCACCUCAGGCGUCGACACCGUGCCGAUUUUUUCGAGCCGUCUUCCUGUGCGUCCUCAGCCGGUUUCUUUGACAGUCAAGGUUUUGACUUUGGCCAGGAAGAAUUCAUCGAGGACAUCCCGGCGCUCCAGACCACACCAAACCACAACUAUAUCCCUGACGCGGUGCUGCCACCUGGGGAGCCGUGGCUCCAGGGUGGCCCCUCCCGGGCAACUCUGUCCCUGCCCUCGUGCCUGCGUCUGUGUAGGGAUUCUGGGGGUGGCGGCAUGCCUGGUCCUGGAUCCUCCAGUGAGGAGCAGAUGGCAGUGCUAAAAGUGUAUGCCAAGUGUCACCUUCAGCAGGGCUUAAUGUUUGGGCCCUUUGUAGGAGAAAUGUCCAGAGGACAACUGCAGAACUUCAGAUAUGCUUGGGCUAUCAGGGAUGAUGCUACGUUCUUCUAUGUAGAUGCUUCUGAUGAAAACAAAUCUAACUGGAUGAGGUAUGUGACAUAUGCUGGCAGUGAGGAGGAACACAACCUGGUUGUGUUCCAGUUUUAUCGGCACAUCUACUACCGAGUGUCCCAGCCCAUCCCAGAGGGAGCAGAACUCAAGGUCUGGAUCAGCAAGGACUAUGCAGCCCUGCUUGGCCUCGGGAUAGGUGACAGUAUGAAGUUUGAACUUGGAGACAAGGACAUGAUCCUGCGGAUCCUCCAGGACAUCCAGGUGGUCACCCUCCCAGAGCCCAGCAGUUCCUCCCUGUGGUCAGACAACAGCCAAUCACAGAGUCCCAUGCCCAUCAUCAGUGACGUGACGACCAUGUCCAACUCAGAUGCAGCUGGUGAUUCAGGUCCGGCUUCUGCCUCCGCAUCUAUCUCCUCUUCCCUAAUUGCAUUCCCAUCCCCUGGUUAUUAUCAAAUGGAAAAGUACGAUUUUAUUCCUGGAACCGAGAAGCUGCUGAGCUACCCCAAGGUGAACCGAAACAGCCCCUGGCACUUUUUUGGGUUUGAGCCAGACCCAACCGGACGGCCCCUGGACCGGAACACUGCGGUGUGUAAGUUAUGUGGGGACCGUGUGGGCUGUGGAGGAGGAGCCACCGACAUCCAGAACCACCUGGGCACCAAGCACCACAUCAAACUGCGGGACGGAGCCAAGGAUCGGAGUCCUCUGACAACCGGUCAGAGACCACAGGCACCAGUCCUCACCGGUGGUCUGGUCGGCAUGCUCCCACAUGUCAUGGCUACUCAAGUGACUGACGCCAUUGCCAGCUUCAUCAUCGCAGACCUCCAUCCCCCAGCUUUAGUGGAAGGGGAAGGCUUCAAACAGCUGCUCCACACCCUGCUGCCCUCCUACAAGGAGCUGCCCUCUGCGUCCCUGCUGGAGAGCCUCCUGAAAGAAAACCACACCAAAGGCAAGAAGAGGUUGGCUCAGCUGUUGCGGAGGAAAGCAGGGAGUGAGGAAGAUGAGGACAUUUCUGACUACACUGCUCCUAUCGAGUUUGAGCCUCGGAGACGUGGUCGACCCCACGGCUCUCGGAGGGACGUUCCUCACUUUGUCACUUUGAGUGUAGACAUUUGGUUCCACAAAUGGCAAAGUGGCACUGAGAGGUACGUCACGCUCUGGGCACAUUACAUAGACGCUAACUUUACUUUUCAUAACUUGGCCCUGACGACUCAAAGAGUGGCCGAGACUGGAGCAGGAGAGCACAGUUUGGGAGCAGUGGAGGCCCAAGUGAAAGUUAUGGCCCAGGAGUGGGGAAUCUUCCAACCCAAUCUGGUCGUGCUGGGAGGGGAGGGAAGGGAAAAGAUGAGGUUGGAGGUAACGGGGAGUGAGAAAAGUGGGGAGACCACAGGCAAUGGCCCCCACCCCAACUCAACAACAUUUCUGGAGAGGGAGGACUCUGUGUCUUCCGACGAGCUACAUGGUCUAGAACACGCUCAUUCUUCUAGUGAAGGGCUACCAUCCAUCCCGUGUUUCUUAAGCGCUGUGCAGGGCUGCAUUGAGGAGGUGAUGUCGCACCCUGUCAUCUCCAAGACCCUCAGCCUAUUUCAGGGUGUUCUCUCAAACAUGUUCACUCCAAACAGAUCUCAGUACCACAUGCAGAGCCUGUUGCAAACUAUUCCAAAGCAAGAACAGGCUCAGCUGAAGUCUUGGGCUCACAGCCGGCCAAGCUGGAAUAAGCUUUACGAUUUGUUAAACACCCUCGUAAAACAUCGAAACCUGGUCUGUGAUAUUGUAAGGGAGGUAAAAACAGAGAACUUAGUUAAAGAGGACCCCAGCAAUCCUACUGCUUCAGAGUCUAGAUCAGCUGUCAACUCUUACUCAAACACCGCCACCAACACAUCACCAGCUGGCACUACGGCUCCCCAGCGUUCUGACUGGAGGGUUAUCGAGGAUCUCUGCUUGGUCCUCAAACCUUUGGAUGUGGCUUGUCGAACUCUCACCAAGGAGGCCUUCCCCCGACUCUCCCUGGUCAAGCCCAUCCUCACUGGUCUCCUCUCCCGCCACCUUAAACCCCGGUCAGGAGAUUCAUCAGCCAUCUUGAAGGAAGUGAAGAGGAUGAUGAGGCGGAACUUAGCAAGUUGCUAUGACAACCCUGUUGUUAACAGGGCUCUGUGCGUGGCAUGCUCCCUCGACCCCCAGUUCCAUGGGCUUGGAUUUAUGGAAAUGAAGGAGCAGAUAGCCACUUUUGAGUGGCUGAAGAAGGAGGCAGUCAGGAUAGUGAAGGAGGACAAGAGGCGCAGCCAAACUAAGAAGCAAAGCCACGGCAAGAGAAGUCCCUCCCCACUGUCACCAGAGUCAGAGAGUGACUUCCUGCGCAGGAGCAAACGGCUCAAAGACACCCCCCCUAUCAACUUCAGAGAACUUGACGAUGUCGAAGAUGAGGAGAGUGACGCAGGGGAGGCAGAGGAGAAUGAAUUGGGAAGUCCGGGCUCUCAAGCAGGACUCUCCGGUAUGGAGUUUCUACUGGGGGACCUGUUCUGCUCGGCUCCACAGAGCAGGCAGAGCUCUGUGGAGGAGUCUGUGGACAUGGAGAUGUCUGUUUUCAGAGCUGACAAGGGGGCCUCCUUGGGAGUGGAGCCCCUGCAGUGGUGGAGGACCAAGGCUGUGCAGUUCCCACUGCUAGCCACAGUAGCGCGGGCCUACCUGGCUGCCCCGGCAGUAGCAGGUAGUGCUGCACAGGACUUUGUCCAGGAGGAAGGAGGGGCCUCUUACAGGAAGAGGGCCAACAUUCCACCAGAGAGUUUAGAUGUAGUCUUGUUUCUACAUCACAACCACACUGACAUUGGGCAAACUGCAUUUAGGAACGAUGACAAGCUAUAAAAGAAGACUUGAGAGCAUCCCUCACAGACAUACAGGUUUUGUAUUGCUUAGCUUGUGACUAUGACUAUCCGUGGACUACAUUCAUUCUCUAACCGCUAACCUCAACCUUCUCAACUACAUGUCUAUCCCUAACCCUCCCCUUCAUACUAAUUCAAACUCUAAACUAGGCGUGUAAUGGUUCACCAUGUUCAUGAUUUGGUUUGUACCUCAAUUUUUAGGCCUCGGUUUGGCUUUGAUUUCAUUUUAGUUUUAAUUUCCAGAUAUACCAGCAAUUCAGCGCAAAGCGUUAUCUGGGGCCUUUGCUAAUAUAAAGUGUAAAGAUUGGGCAAUAGAGCUACAGCAUGAUGUUGUACCCAUUUCGCCACACCCCAAUCCCAAAUCCAAGCCCCAACCUAAUUAAACCCUUGAAAAAAUGAGGAUCAGCAAAAUGUUCACACUUUGGUUGACUUUUGUAAUCUCUCUAUACUUGUGAGGACAUUUGUACAAGAGAGGUUAUUAUGUUUAAUAAAGUGUCAUCUCAUAUUCUGUGCUUUCUCAGGAGCAAAAUGUACACUAUCUCAUGUAGAUUGUGCUUUUGUACUGCUGUCCCCCAUGUAACUGUGUUCAGUGUGUAUGAAGUACCUUGCGCACCUGAUGCCUUACCUCUUUGUCCUAUAGUAGGCGGAUAACUUUUUUUGUUAUCUGAACAUCUGAACAGUAAAUACAUGAUAUACAUGAUAGUGGCUCUUUAUAUAUGCUUGUAGAUCAUUUUUGUCUGAAAGGUAGAUUUUAAAAAAUCAUUAUGGAAAUACUGUUAAAACUCCUACAAGGUGCUUUCUCUCUUAUAUUAUCAUUGUAUGUGUUAUGAAUCAACAAUAGAUUUAUUAAAGAAAACUCCAAAGACUAAAUAUUAGGGUGCUUAAUGCUGCUCUGUGACUUUUAGGGAGGAAAUGUAAACUUUCGAUGUGUCACUAAGGUGAUAAAACUUGACUGUGUAACUGAGUUGAAUGAUAUAAGAUGAAAAUGGGCUCUUACGAAACGGAAGGUGAGAUGUAACCGCUUGUGGUGACCCAGCCUUGCCGCCCCAGUUGGAAUAUAAAGAAAUGUCUUCUCCUCUUGGCUAAUAUUGGUUUACAUCAAUGUCAUUUUAUUUUUUCAGAAGUCAAGUGAAGUCUGAAAUUUUAACAUUUGCAAAUCACUGUAUUGUUUUUUCAAUACUCCAUUGUGCAGCCUUAACAAUAUUAGUGUUGUCAUAGACUAUGAUGUUCUCAUAGAUAUUGCAGAUUCAUAUUCAUAUACACAACAUCUGUAGAGUAUAUUAAGUUUUUUUUCUCCUGUGUCAUACUGUAUUGUAAAAAAUACCUCUGUCAAACAUACUUUUUCAAUAAAAGUUAUACUGAUAUAUU